AUGAAUUCUGAAAACCGAUACCCUGUAACUGCAUCCUUGUUUAUGUUACGUGAAAUAAAACAACGACAAGAAAAAGUUAAUAAAGGAUAUCAGCUAUUAAAAAGAAAGGCCGAAGCGCUUCGCCUCAAAGGGCGUCAGGCAGCAGCUGAGCUAGCCACAGUGCAAAGGUUACUUAGCCACACUCUGAAAGAGGCCUACAUAUCUCUUGCCGCUAUAAAGUUUACUAAUGGAGAAUCAAAUGCAUUGGUUUUAGAAAAUGUUGGUCAGGCUCAAAUCCGUGUGCAAAGAGUCCCUGAAAACAUAUCUGGCGUCCCAACCGUGUCACUCCAAGCUAUUGAGGACCACACCGCAGGUGAUGCCUUUCGCUACGCAGGCUUAGGUGCUGGAGGACAUCGUACCAGUGAAACAAAGCGCGCUUUUCGAGAAGUUACUAGAAUCCUUAUAAAGUUUGCUUCUUUGAGGAACAUUUGCGUACUCUUAGAUGAAGCUCUUCGUACUACACUCAGGAAAGUAAAUGGCAUAGAGAAAGUGAUCUUACCCAAAUUACGCAAUACUGAAAACUAUAUUUUAACUGAAAUGGAUGAAAGAGAACGUGAAGAAUACCACCGCUUGAAAAUGGUGAAAGCAAAGAAAAAUCUUGGCCGUAUAUUACCUAAGCCCACGGAAAGGAAAGUAUGCGGAGAUUCCAGCGAUGUGUAUAAAAAACCUUCAGACUCGAAACGCGAUUCGCUAGAGGCUCUUGUAAACGUUAAUUCCAAAAGCGGACUAUCAACUACUACAGUAUCUGCUGGAGAUUUCAAACCCGUAUGCUAUCCUCACUAUUGGGAUGAUGACGACUUAUUGUUUUAA